AAUGACAGAAGUGAAGCCUGACAGUCACGUCCAUGCAGAGACACCGUCAUUUCAAUACUUUAGUGAGCUUUUUAUAGAUUAAAGAUGCUUCAGCAUUCUUCAGGGCGAGUGGAGAUGGUGGUGGAUAUCUAUGAGAGUGCAGAUGAUUUUAGGAGUCAUGAUCCCAACGCAGUGAAAAUAGAUGCUGAUGCAGGAAGGGGGAAUGUAGAGAAACCAAUACCGGCACAACACAGAGAUACCAACAACUGGCAAUGGCUGUUCUCACUUGAUUGACACCCGGUGAUUAAACUGCCAUGACCAACGUCUCCCCCAUUGACUAGAUUCAAGCUCCUCUCUGCUUCAGCUACGGUCACUGGAUGAGAGGAGACACUGCAUGGAGCAGUUGUAACAAACUGACUGCAGUUUGUGUGGUGUUGCUGUGUGUUUCCCUGUUUGUGGUCUCCACUGUAAUGUGGAUCAAAUUCAACAAAGUGGCUACAGAAAACAACCAGCUACAAACCAGUUAUGACAAUCUGACUAAAGAGAGAAACCAGUUACAGACCAGUUACAACACCUUGAAAACAGAGAGAGACCAAUUACAGAGGGAGAGUGAUAAAUACCUAAAGAAUCUUUGUAAUUUAUGUAAACAGGGGUGUUUCAGUUUCAAAUCCAGUUUUUAUUAUGUCUCUAAUGAGAAGAAGAGCUGGGAAGAGAGCAGACAAGAUUGCAGGGACAAAGGAGCAGAUCUGAACAUCAUAAACAGCAGAGAUGAACAGGACGCCAUCAGUAAACACAUCAGCAGUAAUGGACCGGUUUGGAUUGGUCUGAGUGACAGAGAUAAAGAGGGAGAGUGGAAAUGGGUGGACGCUUCACCACUGACCAUCAAGUUCUGGGGUCAGUGGGAACCAAAUGGUAAAGAGAAAGAGAAUUGUGUAGAGGUUUACAAAACUUCAAACAGCAUCGUGUGGAAUGACAAGCAAUGCUCUGAAAAACGAAACUGGAUCUGUGAGCAACAUGUUUCACCCUGAAGUGAAAAGUGCUUUUAUACAACAUGAGCCAAUGAUAUACAAUAUAAGAGACAGUAUUUUAAUGAGAGUUGUGUCUCAGUGUCCGUUCUUCUUUUCUCAGUGUGCAGAAACUGAGAAACUGUUCAUGUCUUUGUAUGUUUAAUGUAAAAUGUAAUAAAUCUGUAUAAAGUA